AUGAUAUGUGCGGUACGGAACGUUACAGAGAAUAGACAAAAGUGUAUACCGGAAGUACAAGUUCGACACGAGUCACGUCACGACAGAUACAUCAAAACAAGACCUCAUCACCUGUCAAACCGCCGAUUACACAGUGCCCUGAUUCGAGCAGGGGUUUGCUGCCUGUUUAUCUUCAUCUUGAAUCUCAUCGUACCACACGUUCUUGGUACGGAAUCAACAAUGGCAGGUGUAGAGGACUCGUACAUGGAUUUCUGGUUUGUUCGACUGGCUGUUAACCUUCUAGGCUAUGCAACUAUAUUUGUCCCUGGCUAUCUUCUGAUCCGAUACUUAAGGAAGGUUCGAUAUGAUGAAACUGCAGGUCCAGGCUUUUUCCAGCAGUUGGCUAAACUUUGUGUGUUUGGGAAGGAAAAUGAACAUACCGGUAAUUCGGAGGCAAACAACUCUGGAGCAAAGAAAACAGAUCCACUGGACCUAUCACAGAGUGCAUUGAUACUGGUCUUCUGCUUUUUAGGUCUUCAGGGGUCCUAUCUUACUUGGGGACUGCUGCAGGAGAGGAUUAUGACUUUUGAAUACGGAGCUUCUGCCGAGACUAAGGGAGAAUACUUCAAGAAUUCACAGUUUCUCGUUUUCAUAAACAGAAUCUUAGCUUUUACAAUUGGUAUCUGUGUGCUUUUCAUGAAAAAACAGCCACCUCACACUGCACCUUUGUAUAAAUACUCCUACAGCUCAUUCUCAAAUAUCAUGAGUAGUUGGUUUCAGUAUGAAGCCCUGAAAUUUGUUAGUUUUCCUACACAGGUUUUAGCUAAGGCAAGUAAAGUUAUACCAGUUAUGCUCAUGGGGAAAGUCGUUUCAAAAAAGAGUUACGAGUACCAUGAAUACAUCACAGCUGUUAUGAUCUCGUUAGGAGUUGGAAUGUUUCUGCUUACUAGUGGUGACGUUACCAGAGACAGUCAGAAAACCACGACAAUUGCAGGUGUGAUUAUGCUACUUGGAUACAUGUCCUUUGAUAGUUUCACAUCCAACUGGCAGGGCGAACUUUUCAAAACAUACAAAAUGUCUUCUAUACAAAUGAUGGCUGGUGUAAACAUGUUCUCCUGCCUACUCACCAGUGUAUCACUUAUUGAGCAAGGUGGUUUUGUUGAAUGUAUAGCUUUUAUGUUCAAAUAUCCAACGUUUGUUGUGCAUGCAGUUAUACUCAGUCUCUGCUCUGCGUGCGGUCAGCUUUUCAUUUUCUACACAAUAGAAAAAUUUGGUCCCGUUACAUUUACAAUCAUAAUGACACUUAGACAGGCCUUUGCUAUAUUGUUGUCGUGUAUAAUCUACGGUCAUCCACUUACAUUCCUAGGUAUUAUUGGUGUUAGUAUUGUUUUUUUAGCCUUGUUUUUGAGAAUUUAUGCGAAUCAACGAGCCAGAGCUAUAAAACUUGCAAGAGAAGCUAUGGAAAGAAGCUCCUCAAAUGUAUAGAUUGAACCAAUAUACACUAGGCAUAGUCACUACAUUGUUUUAAAGUUGCACACAUAGACUCUGCCUCCAGGUUGUUACUGGCAUUAUAUUUAUAUUGUUGUAGUUAUUGCAAAUGAUUUAUUAGUUAUUAUUUUUCUAAGAUAUAGUAUUAUAUAGAUCUGUUUAUUACACUGUUUAUACCUUGACUUACAGGGCUAUAGGUUUUGAAAUACGUUGGAAGCAUUUCAGUUUACUAGAUAAUAGAGAGGUUUUUAUUUGCACUUUAAAUAAAACACAUGCCAAAGAUGUAAAAAUUACUGCAUCUGUGUAUUAAGAACACAGAAAAAGGUGAUAUGAGAUUGAAGAGUUGAGAUUUUUCUGUUGAGUAACUGUUCAUUUGUUAUUGUGUAGAAAAUGCUAUGUGAACUACAUACACACUCUGUCUAUGUUGUUGUGAAAAGUUGAAAACUAUGGGUUGUACUAUCUUUUUAUAUUUACAAACAUGUUUGUAAAGAAAGCUAGGGAACACAGGGUUUUAUUUGUGAAGAGUCAAUGUACCAUAUGGAAAAUCACCUGGCAUUAUAUGUUUUUUUUAUGCUGAUUUUAUUUUGUUUAAAGAGUAUUUGUUGUUGUAAUUAUUUGUACUAAAAUGUGUACAGUGUUUUUGUUUGUGAAUGUGUGUGUUACUUCAGUCUAACCAUGUCACAUUUUAUAUUUCUUUGAACGUAGCUUUAUACUUGUAGGAUUGGGAUUAAAAUGUAGAGUGGGGACUUUUUAAUCAGCUGUAUAUGAAGUGCUGAUUUAUUUAUUUUCAAUGGCUGUUUUUGUUUUGUUUUAGGGUGUGUGAGUGGGUGGGGAGCGGGGAUCAGGGUUUAAUUCAAACUGUUUUUGUAAACCUAUGUGCAACACUUCUGACUGUACAGAGUUCUAAGAAGGGAUCUCCUUAGCAGGGUAGUUAUGGGCACUACUAUCCAGCCAGCUUAAGGUGCCCAUCUUGGCUUGAAAUAAUGAGCAUAGGGGCACUCGGUCUUUCUCCAUCUUUUGUCAUACACCUGGGCGCAUGAUUUUCUGUUGUGGUAUACAUAGAUGGAUAUUCAAAUUAUCUGGCACAGACAAUCACCAUUAUAAGAUGUUGUGUCAACUUAAGGUUAAUUCUUAGACCCUUUGCUCAAAGGUUAUGAUCACACUAAGAAGUCAAGAAUAUGUCAUUUUUUGUUGUCAAAUCUGUAACUUUUAUAUACAUAGGCAUAGGAGGUUGGGUUGGGGAUGGACCAAGGUCUCCUAAUUUUGAGGGGUUGGGGGCAGCAUAUGCCAGAAAUUAUAGACGAUAAGGACAAAAAGCCAAUUUGAGAAAACUUUUAAGUGUACUGAUUAAGACUUUGUGUGGUGUUUUUUGUCAGUAAGUGGAAAAUUUUCAGAUAAAAUAUGGUUAGAUUUGGCAGCUUUGAGAUCACUCCUAUGGCAAUGACAUUCGAGGAUAUUUAUAAAACUGAGUACAAAUUCUCGCCAUAACAAGGAGAAAUAACAUUUAACCCUUUAAAGAUGAAGUAAAUAUUUAUGAUUAUUUUUCUUUUUGAGUCCAUUAGUUCAGUAUGGUUCUACUCUCAAAGUGCCAACCAGACUCAAACUUGGUAUCUGAACAUCACAGUGGUGGGCACAUUUCUUAUUUCUUUAAGGAUUAAAAUCAUAUGAGAGAGAAUGGUAAAAUUUAUUCAAUGUGUUAUUAUAUAGUACAUGACUUAGUGUAUAUUGCACGACAGUUCUGUUGUUUGUGGACUUUGGAAGGGGAGCUUAGCGUUUAUUGUACCAUUUAUCAUAAACUACAUGAUAGAUUUAGUUAAUUGUAUUGCUUUAUUUUAUAUGUUAGAAAAUAUGUUGUAUGUUUUCAAAGCACAAUAGUCCAAAAUCAGUAGAUAAAACCAAAGGACCUAUACAGUUCAAAGUUUUUGUUCAGCAGUGUGUUGCGUUGUGAAAAUAGUUGACGAUUUUAUUUAUAAAUACUCAGUUUCAGCAUGUUAAUGUAUUUCGAGAAGCAAAGUUACGAGCCAAGAUAUUUUGGAUGUUGAAGUUUCGUCAUGGUUUAUCCUACUUAGUAUACUGUUGACAAAGUUGGUAGAUUUAUAUUUUGUGAGCAGCCUUCCAUAAUGUUUUAGUGAUAUUGGAACCAGAAUACUUCUAUUCUAUACUUACUUUUAUCUUCCAAUCAGUGAUUUGUAUCCGAACCCUGUAAUGAUUAAGAUAUAUUCUGUAUUGAAUGAUGCAACAACUUAAAUUGGUACAGCUGUAGACUGAUGAAAUUCAACACCAGUUAAUGCUUGAAGCAAUAUUUAUGUAUAUAUUUAAAAGGAUGCAAAUAUGUCCCUCUGAUUGUUUUCCUUUUUACUGUAAAAAAAGCAUAGAAUGAAAAUAUUAUAUCACAUAGUCCCAUUUAGUUUCUUAUAUCUCAUCCUAAAAUUUCUUUUUGGAAUGGAUCCAAACUUCUGUUUCCAUCAGUAAAUUUAUGAAAAGAUAAAGUUCAGUUUUUAAGGAUAGAAAUACCAGUUUAUAUAUUGGACUCUUUGCUUACUUAAAUUGUUAAUUAAAUGAUACUUGUCUGUAGUUUUAGAUGAUAUUUAUGCCAUUAUUAGAAAGUUAAUUGUUUAGAUGUUAUCUUGAUGUUUAACCUUUAGCCUGCUGGCAGACAAAGAUGAGCCUGCACAUCCAUGUAGGUUGGUCAUGGUCUGCACUGUUCGCUAUUCAGUCAUUAAAUUUUAGUGAACAUGCACUCCUUUGAAUUAUAAAUUGUAUUGCCCAAAUUGAAUGAUAGACCAGUCCAUUUUAGAUAUAUGGCAGGGUAAAGGUUAAUGAUGGUAGUUUAAUCACAGGCAUAAACAAAAUACCAAAAUGUGAAGUCCUGUAGCAGUUUGUUUUGUUCCGAAAGCAUAAUAUUACAUGUACCUCUAAAUGUUCCUAACACUUUGAAAGAUGUAGGGGUUUGUUUUUUUUUUGUCUCCAGAAUAUUUUAAAUAGAAAGCAACUGGCCUUAAAUUUUGACUGAAUCUGAAAUGGGAGUUUGAUAAGUUGACCAUAAAAUUUGUUGAAACUCAAUUUAGAUAAAAUUUCCAUGCUAUGAAGUUGUUGAAAGUUUAAUUAAGUUGGCUUGUUGUAUUUGUUCUUGUGAUUAUUGAUGUCCUAGCCAAAAUUAAUGUAACAUACAGACGGUGUCAAUACAAAAACCCCCGAAGUGAAAUGCGCUUAAAUGAUUUUCUAAUAAACAUUGUUUGCAAAAUUUCUACUUAUUUCUGUCUAGUUGUCAUCUUGGUAGUCAGUUGCUUUAUUUCAGUAUAACCAUGUGAAAUAGGCAAAAAUCCAAUGUUUACUUUACUUAUGGUUUUUUCCCCCCUCUCACAAAAGGUUUUACAUACGAUUUGCUAUUAUGGGUUACAUGCAACUUGAAAAUCCACCAUAUUGUAGCCAGCAUAUAAAAUACCAAUAACAAACCUGUAAACAUAAGUUAAUGGUGUGAAACUCUAUUGGAUAUGUAACUCGGCUUUAAACUGGUUCUAAAGGCCUUUCUUCCAAGAUCUCACCAUUGCUAUGACAAAGUAAAUACAUUUUAAUCAUCUCCAGAAAAGUUGCAGUUUUAGUGUUUGGGUUUUGGACCGACACUGUCAAUAUUGUACUAAGAUUGUAUUUUACAGCCUUUAUGUCUCAUUGAAAGAAUAUACAAAUAUACAAUGUAUCAAUGUUAUCUUUGAAAAUUAUAUUUUGUAAAAAAAUUCAAACCUGUUUGAAUUUUUUUAAAUAGGAGAACUUGAAAUUUUUUGUCACCCUUUCCUCUGUGUUGGCAUCACAAAGGUUUUGUAUGUAAGCAGGUUUCUAUAAAAAUACUAAGUAAAAUGCUUUCAAACUUCUCACAUAUUCAACAUCACGAGCUGACUUCACAGGACAAGGUACAUAACUCGGGCUUUUAUUUUGUUUAAAUUAUGAACCUUUUUAGAUGUAGAAAUUUUAUGAAAGUUUUGCAAGUAAGCUAUUGUGCUGAACACUUUUAGACUCUUUAAGUCUUUGGCAUAAUGAAAUAGAGUCAGGUUCUAUACACUAACAGUUUAGUUUACAAAGUUUUGCUGUUUCUUUAAUGUUGAAAAUUUUGCUAAAGCUUUUGUAUGUAAGCUAGUAUAAGGGCUUCAAAAAGUGGAGCAUGAUGGCAUUAGACAGCUAUAGUUGAUAGUAAAUAUAACUGGCAAGAGUUUUACAUAUACUAGUGUUUCAUUAGAAUGGUUAUAUCAGCCUUUAAAAUAUAUUUAAAUGUGAGGUCAGCUGUUAUUUUUAGGUAUAUGGUAUCCAACAUAACUGAAUUAUGUAUAGAUCUAGUCACGAUGUAAAAUACAAUUUCAAGUAUAUAUGUUACUUUAUAUGAUAUUGGCUAAAAAUGUACAGCUUGGUUCUUGCACCAUUUAAAAGGAGAAACUUUUGUUAUGUAAUUAUUUAUUUUGACACAGAGAUGAAGUCCCAGAUGUAAUGUUUGAUUGUUUGGUUUUGUUAGGGACCACUUUAUGAAUCUCAUUCUGAUCUAGAGAUUGUUAUCAUACUUUCUUCAUUUUAUUUUGUUACCUAAGGCUCUUGCUGUUAAUUGUUUUAUAUAUGAAAAUAUUUUAUAGUAUCAAAUAGAUUUUAUCAUUUUGUGUGCAUGUUAAAAAACUAUUUGUUAUUCAUUAAUUUUGCUACUUAAUAAUUUGUUUAAUCUUUUUUGUUCUUUUUCUAGUAGAAAAGGGGUCCGAUUUUGUGGGGAGCAGUUCUAACUUGUUAAAUGUAUUAACUGUUGAAUUUCUGUUAUUCUGAGUUAAGACAAAGUAUACUCCGCAUAGGUAAAAGGUUUGAAAAUAGGGAAUAUGUAGUUAUUCAAAAAUAUAAUGCUAAGAUCUUACAAAAUAGUCCUUUUUAUUGAUAAGUAGUGAUUUUUUUUGUACAAUUGUAUAUACUUUAAGUAUAUUUAUUUUAUUGAUAACAUGACCAGUCCUGAAAACUUUUUUUUAUUGUGCUGGUAUAUUCAAGGAUUCUGUAUUGUUGAAAUGUGAUAAGAUUAAAGGACUGUAAAAAUACGUUAGAAUAAGCAAACAAAAUAAUCUGCCAGCUUGUUAUGUAUCAUUUUCUUUAAAUUAAUGUAACAGUUUGGUUGGCAAAGAAUGGACAUGUUCUUAUAUCAACCAACACUAUACACUUGGAUACCGAUUGUACUUAAAGCCAUUGUAUAUCGGUUAUGUCACUGUUAAAUGUCUCAAUAUCAUAUACCAAAGAGUGUACCUAUAGGGGUCGAAUACCAGACUACAAUGUCACACGGACAGAACUGGCCUUUCUACAUAACAAGGUGCUGAGACAACAGUGUACAAGUGUUGUUCACCAAAUCUAAAAUUGUUAACUUGCAUUGUCUAUGAUGUCUUCAUAUUGUCCACUUUGUUAAAAAUAUUUUUUCUUAAUCAAUUCAAUUACUUAUUUAAUCUAUAAAAAUAUUCUGACCAUCUUUUCUCAUAAAACAUAACAGUUGAAGACUAAGAGUAUUCAUUUUCAACACAUAUCAUCUUUGUUAAUGUAAAAAAUUCAUUUAUCUGAAGCAUAAGGGUAGUAGACUUUGUUGUUGAAAUCCUAAAACAAGUCUCUCUUUUAUUUAAGGUUUAUUAUGCCGUAAGAUGCAUGAAGUUUUAUUUGCAGUUAUUGAUGUUUUUACAUUAAAGACCCAUAAAUAUAUUUUCUGGGCUGCUAGUAUGUUACUAUGGUUAUUAAAUAUCCAUUAAUUCUGUUCUUUAUAUAGUGUCAACUUGUUUUAAUGAGUGCAGUUGCUAGCGAAAAUGUUACAUGUUAAAACAGCACCAGUUAUACGCAGUUGCACAUUACAGGAACCCAGUUGCACAGCCAUUCUACAUAUAAUGGAACACUCUCAUAUAGUGCCCAAUCUUGUCUGUUUUAAAGCAUUCUAUAUGGCGACAUAGGUCUUACAAUGUAUUUUGCUUUAUUCACAGGCCUUUUUGCCCUAAGUUGGUCACACAGCAAAACUGAACAGUAAAAGACUGAAAAAUGUAUACAGAUCUCAUUGUCCCAAAGUCUCAGUGGCGACAUGUUAAAUUUUUUUGCUAAAAUGUAGUCAGCUUCUGUCCAGUCCUCUUAUGCCAACACUUAGGCAAAACAUUCAAUUAUUGUAAUUGGUUAAUCCUGCAAUUUUCUUCUUUCCAUAAGACAGACAUACCAGAGCAGCAGUGUAUAUGCAAGUGAACCACUGACAAUGAAAUCUGGUACACAAAAUUCAUAUCUCAGCAAAAAUUGUGGCCUUAGUUUUAAUACAUGUAGUACAGCUGUAAUAAUUUUAUAUUUGAAAUGGUCUUUAAAAUGUGGGAAAAUGCAAAAUAAAAUGGUGAACAAAUCCAA